CCACGUCCACCACGUCCACUACGUCCACUCACAGACGUCAGACACAGACCCCGCAUCCAAGACCAUCACCACCACCACCACUGAGCUGCCUGCAUGACACAUUGAUUACAUUCGAUUGCAACAGCAGCACGAUCACCACGCAGCUUAACGGCAACAGCCCAUCUUGACACAUUGACCUCCCGCUGCCGACGACUGCCUGCGUUUCACAGGCAGCCCGUCCCCACUCCUCUGCUGCCCACAUCAGUACCUCUGCUGCCUAUAUCAGCACACGCUUUCUCAGAUCAUUACAUCGUCACCUCGGCCUCUGCGAAGCACCUCCACCCCAUCGCAUGCCCCCCAAAGCACCAUGUGGUCCAGCCUAACCCGCCACUUCUCCUCAGCCGACAUGGCCGCCGACGACGCGGCCCCCGGCCCGCGCCACCUCGCCCACGCCCACACCGACCCCCUCGCCGGCGUCACGGGCGCCUACACGCCGCCGCACCAGCGCCGCACCGCGAAGCCCCUUCCGCCCGCCGCCCCUCGACCCCGUCGUGCUCGACGGCCACGGCCCCGCCAGCAGCUUCUUGGGGGUCCGGCGUCCGUACAGCUGGCUACCACGGCUAGCUGUCAUAGAGGAGAAGAGGUCAAGACAUGCUUCCUCUGGCGCGCCUCGGCCCUCGCCGCCCUGCCGCCGCCGCCCUCCGCCGACGCCGCCCCCGCGCGCAGCACCACCAUCGCGCCCGACCUCCUGACGGGCGAGGACGCACCAGCCCCGCCCGCCAGCCCGGCAGCGGCAGCAGCAGCACCACCACCACCGGCCCUCCGCUUCAAGGCGUUCCCCUACUCGGGCGAGAACGAGUACUGCAUCAACUGCGAGACGGGCUUCCUCAGCAUGGGCGCCGGCGACGGGCACUACGGCCUCUGGCUCGACGGCGGGCUCGCGCGCGGCCGCAGCGGGCGCAGCCUGACGUUUGGCAACGAGCCGCUCAGCGACGAGGGCGACAAGUUUGGCGUUUUGGGGGUGGAGCUGUGGGUGUUGGGGGCGUAG